AUGGAUGGGAAGGUUAAUCUGGCAGGUCCCACGGCAGACAUCAACUGGCCAGGCCUGGUGGACUUAUACAACGUGAACGAAAGCAUCUAUGCGUACAGACACAACUAUAGACUUAGUCAGCUGGACUGGGUGAAUUACUUGAAGGAUGUAGAUAGAGUAUUUGCACUGCUGAACAGUCACCAUGAGCAAAAUCGAAGAAAUCAGACUAAAACUGCUCAGAGUGAUGGGUCCCUGGCCGUGUCCCCUGAGCCAGCCGAGAUGGGCUCUGCUGAGCCAGACGAAGACCCACGCCACGUGGACGCUCCACAUUUCACCUUGCCAGCCGACCUGAGCACCCUGCAUUGGAACCAACCAACAUUCAGCCCAGAGAGGACACUUGAAUGGAAUAACGACAUUCCAGAAGUUAGUCGCUUGGAUUCUGAACACUGGAGAAAUCUCAAAACUGAAAAGCAGAUGGGACAAGAAGGGAUCGGUCACUUUGACGGCGGUUUCAGUGGCAACAGCAUGAUGGAGCUGGCACUGCAGCCCGGGAACGCGCUCCGCCCGGAUGGCGCGCGGAGAGGAGAUGCUUUUCAAGACCAACUGCAUCUUCCCGUGUAUUCCGAUGAGACCGCCGUCCGUCAGAUGGUCAGUGUGUCCACUGUGCAGCCUCCUGUGCACCGCAGCUCCACGGGAAGGACAUCGCACAACGUGGAGGAGCGUCCCAAUGGGGGGCGCCUCCCGGAAGGCAGCGCCUCCCAGCCACGCUCCUCUGAUUAG